AUGCCGGCAUGGAGCGCGCACCGGCGCGGUGGCGGGCAUGGCGGCAAUGGCUGGGGCCCAGCGGCCUCGGGGCACUCGCACGACUGGAAGAAGGAUCCGUCGGGCCGCUGGCAGUGCGUUGGGGCGCCGCCACCCCCGUGGACGCACGAGUCCAAGGCCAACCGCGCAUGGACUUGCAAAGGCUGCGCAGGCACGAAUCACACGCGGAAUGCCUGCAGCACCUGGGACCUGGGGCAUGAGACGGACAUAUUCGGAGGUGGUGUCCACGACCAGCUCCACGCCAGCUGCCGACAGCGCCCCUCCAACGUCGGGCAAUCCGGCGGCAAAGCAGUUGGCCGCGGUCGCGGCGGCACUCGCGGCGGCCUCUCCGACGCUGCCGCCGCCAACAUCUCCGCCCGGUGCGACCCCAGCUCAGCCUGCGGAUCCGCAGCCAGCCGAGGCGACGCCCCAGACAUCGGCACUUCCGCCCACGCGGUCCGGACACUUGGCAGCUGGAGGCCAGGUCCCGAGAUGACCAUGGCUGCGUUGGGCGAACAGCUCACGGCCGCGGUCCAGCAGGCCCGCUCCUUCGCAAGCGUGGAUCCGUCGGCGGGCGAGGAGGCGCAGCGCGAGUCCGAGACGCUGCUGGCCCGCUCCCAGGCGACUCUCCAAGCUGCCCAGGCUGCUACGCAGGCUGCCAAGGCCAACAUGCGCAGGAGGCUCAACGGCAAGCAGCCCGCGCAACCCCCCGUGGAGCCACCGAUACCGUUGGACCGGCGGCCCCACAAGAAGCAGAAGGUCCAGACCCACCUCGACGCGUGGUUCACCCUAAAG